AUGAGCUCCAGCGCAACGAGCAACACCACUGGCCGCAGCCCAAAGCGAGGAGUAGAUUACACCCCCGCCAGCACAUCCGUCGGCAGCAGCCAGAGGAAUAGCAGUGAGGAUCGAGUCCAAGCUCAGGGCAAAGAGAGAGGAAGCACAGAUGGUAGCAGAAGCUUCCACCAGUCUCAAACGGCAGAGGCUGAGCCAGCCAAAGCUGCACCCGCGAGCAGUGGAGGAGGAUGGUGGGGAAGCAUGUACAGCGCUGCAACAGCAGCCGUCAAACAAGCAGAGAACAUCGCGACGCAAAUCACGGGGAAUGAGGAAGCACAGAAGUGGGCGGAUCAAGUGCGAGGCAAUAUGAAGAAUCUUCAAAGCAUUGGCACCGAUCUCCGCACCCGCGCCCUUCCCACAUUCACCUCCUUAAUCUCCCACAUCGCCCCUCCCAUCUCCGCCCACGAACGCCUGCAAAUCCACACCACCCACGACAUCCUCAACUACCCCUCCCUCGACCCAUUAAUCUACUCCACCUUCUCCCGCGUCAUGUCCCAAGUCGAAGGCGGCGACCUCCUCGUCCUCCAACGCGGCUCCGAGUCCCGCAACCGCUCCGACGCAGACACAUCCGGCUAUCGCGGCGCAGGCGUGCUCGGCGGAGCAGGUUCAGGCUGGACCGACGGACCUUGGUACCGCGAGUCCGCAGCAGCGCGAUCCCUCGGUGUCGUUCAGGGACUGAAAGAAGGCACCCGCCUCGUCCGCGUGUCUGCUGAAUCCUACGCGAAAGAAUUCUUCGACGCACGUGGUGGGGUCGAAGAAGCCGCUAAACGAGCCACGGAAACGCUCUCCGAGUCCAACCCGGUCAGGUCUUCGGAUAUCUUCCUCGCCAUCCAAGCAGUAGGCUACACCUCCGACGCAACCUGGUUCGCAGGCGACGCCCACACGGAAGACAAGAAGACGGAAGAAGGUGCAAAUGAAGACCUCGUCGUCUUCGCAAUCUACCUUUACGACCCGCUGCACUCUCUCGCCUUCCACUCCCUUUCUCAACCCUUCCCUGCCGUCUGGGCGAGUUGGCUCGACGCAUCCUCCACCAGCGAUGACGAUGGCUCAAGCAUGAACCUCGCGGGUCUACCAGAGAGUAUCCGCGAAUUAAUCGCAGCCGGGGGCGUAGAUCCUCGAGACUGGGCGGUGGAGUGGUUGGAAGAGACGCUCACACUCAGCGUAGGCAUCGUCGCACAGCAGUACGUUGCGAAGCGAAUGGGCGUCGGCGAGGGAUCUUUAGGGCGAGGGAAGAGGAAUGUGGAGGAAGAGGAUUUGGGUGGUGAGGCGGCGAGGGCGGUUUGA